GGACACAGCCAGAUCCCAGGACACGGCCGGACAAUGGGACAGGGACAAUUCCAGGACAGGGACAGAUCCCAGGACAGGGACAGAUCCCAGGACAGGGACACUCCCAGGACACGGCCGGACAAUGGGACAGGGACAAUUCCGGGACAGGGACAGAUCCCAGGCCAGCCCUGGACACUGGACAUGGCCAGAUCCCAGGACAGGGACACUCCCAGGACACAGCCGGACAAUGGGACAGGGACACUCCCAGGACAGCCCUGCACACUGGACACGGCUGGACCCGGCUGUGGAUCCCAGGCCUGAUUCCCUCCUGGAUGCCGAGGGACCGACAAGGGCGUGACCGGAUCCCCCUGGACACCCCAAAUGGAUCCCAGAUCCCCCUGAAUGGAUCCCAGAUCCCCCUGGAUAGACCCUGGACACCCCAAACGGAUCCCAGAUCCCCCUGGAUGGAUCCCAGAUCCCCCUGGAGAGACCCUGGACACCCCAAAUGGAUCCUGGGCCCCCCAAAUGUAUCCUGGGCUCUUCAAAUGGACCCUGGACCCCCCUGGACUCACCGGGUGGAUCCCGGAUCUCUCUGGACCCACCAAAUGGAUCUGAGAUCCCUCUGGGCCUUCUGGAUGGGUCCCAGACCCCCCUGGACCCCCCCAAAUGGAUCCUGGGCUCCCUGGGUGGAUCCCAGAUCCCCCAAACGGAUCCCAGACUCUUCCAAUGGACCCUGGACCCCUCUGGACUCGCAGGAUGGGUCCCAGAUCCCCCUGGACUCCCCCAAUGGAUCCUGGGCUCUCUGGAUGGAUCUCAGAUCCCCAGGUGGAUCCCAGACUCUGAACCCCUCCUGGAUGGAUCCCAGAGCCCCCCAGGUUGAUUCCAGAGCUCUCCGGGUUCCCUGGAUGGAUCCUGGACCCCCUUGGACGGAUCCCAGACCCCAAAUGGGUCCCAGACCCCCCUGGAGCCCCGGAUGGAUCCCGGUUCCCAAAUGGAUCCCCCGGACAGAUCCCGGACCCCAAAUGGAGCCCCUGGGUGGAUCCUGGACCCCAAAUGGAUCCCCUGGAUGGAUCCUGGAUCCCCCUGGACCCCUGGGUGGAUCCUGGACCCUCUGGACUGAUCCUGGAUCCCCCUGGACCCCUGGACACAUUUCAGAGCCCAAAUGGAUCCCCUGGAUGGAUCCCAGACCCCCCUGGAGCACCGGACGUAUCCUGGACCUCAAAUGGAUUCCCUGAGUGGAUCCCGGAUUCCAAAUGGAUCCCAUGGGCGGGUUCUGGCGUCCCCAAAUGGAUCCCAGACCCCGCUGGACUCCCUGGGUGGAUCCCGGACCCCAAAUGGAUCCCCUGGACAGAUCCUGGAGUCCCCGAAUGGACCCCACAUGGAUCCC